AUGAAGCCACGCCCCUCCAGGAAGCCCCACCCCCGCCUCGAGCGAGGCUCCGGCCCAGGCCCCGCCCCUAUCCGCCCGCCUUCCGGGUUUGAGGCCCCACCCUCGGCCCGGCCCCGGAACUUGUCCCAAGGAGGUUCUGCUCCAGGCCCCGACCCAAGCUUCCCGCCUUCCGGGCCCCGCCCAGCCCUGAACGAAGCUGUGCCCCCGCCCUGCCUACUGGCUGAGGGACCGACGUUCCCGAGAGAGGGGUCGGUGAGGCCAGGAGGGGUGUCCCCGAGGGCGCGGUUUGGGGUGGUCUCAGCGGAGUGGAGGGCAGUGGGGGGACUGAUCCUGGAGAAGCCAGUGGACAAGCAGGACGCGUACAGGAUCCUAUCCAGGUUGAAUGGAAAGGAGCACAGUGUGUUUAGAGGUGUGGUCACUGUCCACUGCUCCAGCUAAGACGGCCUUCUGGAGACUGAGGUCUGCAAGUUCCACGAGGAGACGAAGAUGAUGUUCUCUGAGCUGUCUGAGGAGCUGCUGUGGGAGUACAUCCACAGAGGUGAGCCCAUGGACAAGGCUGGCGGCUACGGCAUCCAGGCCCUGGGAGGCAUGCUGGUGGAGAGCGUCCACGGCGACUUCUUGAACGUUUUGGGCUUCCCCCUCUACCACUUCUGCAAGAAGCUGGCCGAGCUGUACUACCCGCCCCGCUCAGGGGCCUUGCAGCGCGCCAAGGAUGACUCCAUCCCGGCCGUGGACACCUUUGAGGACCUGAGCGACGAGGGCGGCGGCGACGAGGGCGCGGGCACAGCGGAGACCCCGGGCCUGCAGGAGGCCGGCGGAGAGCCGCGGGCCCGGGGCGACGCCGGCUGCGACCGGCCGGCGCAAACCCUGCUCCCGGUUCCGUGGGACCUUCUAGAACUGAUAGACGACUUCAAAGCGUCCAAGGUAUUUCAGGCGACGUUCCGCCCUAGACCGAUUCAAAAACAGAGGCCUCUGGAGAUGCGGGGGUGGCAGCGUCAGCCCAGGCUUGCCAUGGUCAGGGGGGCGGUGAGCUGCAUCCCCAAGAAGCUUCCCCACCCUCCAGGCCUGUGUGGGGCGGACUGCAACGACCAAAGGAUACCCCAAACAUGGUCCGCUGUCCCUGCCCGGGUUCAGCCAGCUCUGGAGCUCUGGAGGAAGAAAGUGGGCUGCGGGCGUUUCUGCGCUCAGUCUCCUCGCGGGGACCACCAGAAGCUUCUAGAUGCGCUCAGGGAUUUACCGAGUAACCUCCAUGCCCUCCUGGUCGUCCCUAUCACCAGCCUUGCUGGGGUCGAUGCCCUGGGGGCCGUGUCUGGAGGCGGAGGGAGCCCGCGCGCCUUGUCUGGUCACCCCUUCGCGGAAGGAUCCAGAAGCUGCAGUAGACGCAACUCAGGACACGAAUGGGGAGGGUCUAGCACGUUCGCUCCCCAGGGACCCCGGGCGCACCCGAAGUGCAGAACCUCCGUAUGCGGGACUGGCAGGCUGCUGGAUACCUGCGCGGGCCUGGGAUUGCUGAGGAAGACGGAGCGAGGUCACAGCAACACAGAAUCCGCGAACCUGUACCUGACCUCGGACGGGGAACGUUCUCUCCACGGCGUCAUCAUGCAUUGCGACGAGCACACGUGGAACCUCUUCACGCACCUGGAGUUUGCCGUCAGGGAAGGAAACAAGAACCGCAGAGCCUUCGGGAAGGAGGCGGAGGGCUUGUUCCAGGUAGCGUCUG